CAGGAUGACGGCCACGGCCACCACGGGCACACACAAGGUGGCCAGCACCAAGGAGGAGAGGAAGUUAAGGAAACCCCUCAUUGAGCGGAAGCGAAGGGAAAGGAUUAAUAACUGCUUAGACCAGCUGAAGGAGACUGUUGUGGGUGCAUUUCACCUGGAUCAGUCUAAACUGGAAAAAGCAGACAUCCUGGAAAUGACAGUGAAGCACCUCCAGAACAUCCAGAGCAGCAAGAUGCUGGCCGACUCCAAGGUGGGGCUGGAGGCGCAGCAGAGGUACAGCACCGGCUACAUCCAGUGCAUGCACGAGGUGCACAACCUGCUGCUCACCUGCGAGUGGAUGGACAAGAGCCUGGGGGCGCGGCUCCUGAACCACCUGCUCAAGUCCCUGCCCCGCUCGGGCGAGGAUCCCGGCAAGGCAGCGCUCCGCGCAGGCAGCCCGGCUCUGCAGCCGCUCCCGACGCACAAAAGGGCCCCGAGCCCCAAGGGCAGCGCCCGCGGCACAAACCCGGCCCAGGAGCGCCUCUACCCUGCGGAGAACAAGCAAGCUGCCAAAAAUCCCCUCCAGCCGCCCUCGCUGCCGCUUUGCAACCAGGCGGAUGCUGCUGCACCUCCCAGACAGGUUCUGCAGCCAAAUUUUUCCCAUAACAACCCCAGAAUGGGGUCAUUAGAUAUGUGGAGACCGUGGUAA